AUGCCGGAUGCGACCUGCCAGCCCGUCACAGACCCAAACCCGCCCGGGCGUCUGAUUCAUGCAUUCCCGUCAGCUCUCUCCACGGCCGGCUCAAUGCUCAGACAACUCAACCAAGACUAUCCGUCCUCAUCCAAGCACACGAGGCCCAACAGGGUCAAGCCUCGACCUGUAACUAAGGGUGGUGCGCUCUUCCCCAGUCUCACAGGUCUCGUCGCCGACUCCAAGGGAUACCACAUCUCCAUGGUUGUGCCCCUCGCCGGCUUCGUCGUCUCCCUCGCCUACCCCAUCUUCCUGAACACCAUCUGGAAGAAGGACCUGGAUAGCUUCAGCGAGAGCAAGAUCGGAAACACCGACGAGCAUGGCAUCAUUGGUGACCCGGCGAGAGAAGAUAUCAACAAGGCCGGCUCCAAGCACUUGGAGGGCUAG